UCAUCGUGACACAUAUGAUUACAUGACGCAUUUAAACGCGUCUCGUCUUGGAGCAAGUUUUAGUUUAAGUGAACUAGGCGACGAUGUAAAGACGGAAAUAAUAUCGGAGAUAUAUUGUUAACGUAUUUCCGAGGUUUUAAGUUUCUCUUCACCGCCUGUAUUUAACAAAACCAACCAGACGGAAGUAAAUCGCGGGACGAUGGAAUAUCUCGAAUUACUGAGCGGCAUUCUCGUCGCGAUUCUCGCUCUGUAUUAUUACUUUACGUCGACUUUCGAGUUUUGGAAGUCGCGCGGCGUUCCCGGUCCGCAACCGAUACCGUUUUUCGGCAAUUUCAAAGAUAUUAUCCUGUCGAAAAAGCCGGCGCACGAAUACCUGACGAAUUUGUACAGCACGUACAAAGACGAGCCGAUGAUCGGGAUAUUCGUCAAGAGGCAGCCCAUACUUAUUCUAAAAGAUCCGGAUUUAAUUAAGAACGUUCUCAUUCGAGAUUUCGCCGUGUUCCCCAUCAGACGAACCGAGAACAUCUUCGAAAAGACCGAGCCGCUGAGUCAACGUCUCUCUUCUCUGGAACCCAAGAGAUGGCGGCCGCUGAGAAUGAGAUUGUCGCCUGUUUUCACUUCCGGCAAACUGAAGGAGAUGUUCGUUCUGAUAUCGAAGUGCGCCGAUCAUCUCGAGCGGCACAUGGAGAAACUGGCGAACACCAAUGAACCGGUUGAAUGUCGCGAUCUAACGUCCAAAUACACGGUCGACGUCAUCGGCACUUGCGCUUUCGGCGUCGAGAUGAACGCUCUGACGAACGAAAAUAGUGAAUUUCGCAAGAUGGCAAGACAAUUGUUCGCUUCCAAUUGGUACAACAAGCUGCUAAACAUUAUCAGAGACAACGUUCCGUCGAUAUACAGAAUUCUCGGUUACGUUCUGCCGCAAAAAAAAGAAACCAAAUUCUUCUUGCGCACCACAUUGGAGAACAUGGAGUACAGGGACAAGAAUAACAUCGUUAGACACGACUUCAUCGACGUUCUGCGCGAUUUGAAGAAACAUCCGGAAAAAAUAGACAACAUAGAAUUGACGGACGCUUUGUUGGCCUCUCAAGCGUUCAUAUUUUUUAUCGCCGGUUUUGAAACCUCGUCGUUGACCAUGAGCCACGCGCUGUACGAAUUAGCGCUGAAUCAAAAAGUGCAGGACAAGCUGCGCGAGGAAAUUCAACAGGAAUACGCGAAAUGCGACGGCGACUUAACGUACGAAAAUGUGAAGAAGUUAACUUACUUGGACAAAGUUUUCAAAGAAACCUUACGAAAAUACACGCCGCUGCUGUUUACGAUGAGAACAUCGACGUCGAGUUAUACUUUCGACGGCACCAAAGUUACUAUACCGAAAGAUCAACAAAUAUGGAUACCGAUUUAUACGCUCCAACGUGAUCCGAGUAUUUAUCCGGAUCCAGAUGUUUUUGAUCCGGAGAGAUUUAGCGAGGAGGCUGUGCGAGCCAGACACUCUAUGUAUUUCAUACCUUUCGGCGACGGGCCGAGGAAUUGCAUUGGUGCUCGCUUCGCCAUUUACCAGACCAAAAUCGGCCUCGUAAAGAUGCUGCGCAAAUACAAAUUCGAAACUUGCGCGAAAACGGACAUACCCUACAAAGUGAAUAUACGUUCGAUAAUUUUGUCGCCACAAAAUGGGAUACACUUGAAAAUAACCAAACUCGAUCACUCUUAAGAACCUUUAAAAAUUGUAAUAUUUUAAUGAAGAGUUAAGAAGUUUAAAACUAACAACACGUAAUUUAACGGUCAGUGAGAGCCUUACGCCGAAUGUUCGUUGCGAAAUAAAUAAAUAUAUAUUUAUAUUUCUUUGUGUAAAUUUUGUACACGUGAAUUUUGAAUGGAAAUUUCAGUGUUUCGCGCCAAUUUCACGCGCAACGAAGUCGCGCUCGAACGGCGCGAAACACUCGUGCAAUAUAAAUAUAUAUAUAUAAUCUUUUUUAUUUUGCAACAAACAUCCAGCCUAAGGCUCUCAUUGACUGUUAAAUUACGUGCUGUUUAAUAUUGUAUCUUUAAGUAUAAGUGCACAUCCAACACAUAUAUAUGUAUAAAGAUGAAGGAUAUUUGUAUAUAUUUGUCAAUUACAAAAACAUAAAUUAUAUCUAUCUAAUUAAAUUAGUAUUUUGAUAUUGUGCAAUACGUUAAAAUAACACCUCGCGUUGUGUCAUAUGUAUCGGCUGACUAAUUAUAUAAAUUAAUAAUUGUAACAAUAAUAUGAGUUAGUUUUGUUAAAUAUAUACGAUUGUUUCCACU